AUGUCCUCGCCUAUACCGCCCGCUGCCGACGUGGCACCCAGGACCAGGCCUGAAAAAAGCCAGCAAACCACAGAUGCAAAGCCCCGAUCCUUGCGUGAGCGCCUUAAACACAAGGGAAAACAUUACUUGAACAAAGCCCCGGGUUUGCUCCCCUCUUACGCCAAAGUACGGCCUUCAUCUCGGUUAAUGUCUAAUACCCUCAAAGAGAAGAUGGCGGUUCUUUGGAAGGAUGGAGAUUCCUCGCCGACAACGGACAAUGAGCUGGAUACGCCAAAGGACAAAAGCCCUCCCGACUCGAAUAUACACAACGUAGUACAAGGGAGGCCGACCGGGUUACAGCAACAUCCUUUAGAUCAAACAGUCUCGUUCUCAGCAAAGGAUGGGGAGGGCGCUGCAUCCAAAACCGAGAGCCAUCGCCGAUGGAUCAAGGGUUACUCGGGAGUGAGAAGGAAACAAGUUACCUCAGCGCCUAAUCUACCUCUACAGUCGGUUGAGCUUACGGGGGUCGGUAGCCAAUACGAAGUUACCAACAGGCCAGCAUCUGCAUUGAUCUUGGGCCCGCGCAACACAGAACAGGAUGAUGUUAUACGCCGGCGCAGCCUGAGCCAACCAGUGACUUCAACCCGCGAUACAGGCAUCCCUGAGUAUGGUCAAAACUUGUCUUUUGCUACGUACAACCCAUCCGAACUCGACCUUUUGCGGAGGCUUUCUGAGGACACAUUACAAGCCUCGACGUCUGCCCGAGACUCCACCUUUAGCUUUAGCUUUACCCGACCUUCCUCUAUAAUUUCAGCUGCUAGCACAUACGACUCGUCCAUUGGCAGAGCCAGUUCCACGCCUUCCCGCCGACGAUCUCUUUUCAGAAAGACACUUUCAUCUUCUUCAUCUCUCAAUGUAUACCGAGAAUCGCUUCGUAACCAUCGAGAUCAUGACAAGACUCCCGUGCCACCUAUCCCAUACCUCGAUCCGCAAACCAAAGAGAGACUCUCAGCAUCAGCAAAUAUUCCAGUAUACCAACAACUUAUCGCUGCCUCAGGGCCCGCCGAGUCGAUCCCUUCACUUGAACCAGCCAAGGACAGCUCGUUGACUGUGUCUGAUCAGGUGGCUUUGGCUGGUUGGGUUGCACAGCAGCGUCGGUUGAACAAAGGCUUACUACUCUCUUCACCAUUCAAUACACCAAAAGUACAGUCGCCGCUUGCUGGUGCACAGCUUCAAGUUCAGGAGAAUGCUGAUGAAGAGUUGAGUACCAUUGAAGAACGACUCUCAGACGCAGGACCUCCGAGUGAGUCGAUGCGUAGACUGAGUAUGGACGAUCACGUCGAUAGAGGACCCCUCUCUACCCCAAGGAGUCAUCCAGCCAAGAUUACGAUAUCAUCUACAGGAACGAGAACCGAUACCACACUGGAUGCUGGUUCUACUGCUCACUCUAGCAAGGAUGGUACUGAGCAUGGGUUGACUCCGGAUACAUGUGUGACUGAAACUGAUACAAGCGAAACCGACGAGUCCAUGUCUGAUGUCUCACGGCAAACAGAUGAAUCUUUCGAAGAAGCAUUUCUCGCUUCAUCUUUGGACCCAGCCCUCCUAGCCUCUGUCACCGCCCUGAAAGAUACGGUUACCGCAAUGGUUGCCCAUGGGGUUCUUGACUGGGUGACAACUUGUUCGCCAGGACUCAAUCAGAAUUCAGCGACUUCCGGCUCCACACAAUCCACUGGUCAAAAUGGGUCACCAGCUGAAGGUCACGGUAAUAGCAAGAAAAGGGGAAUCAACGAUAGAGAGAGUGAAGGUGAUGAUACCAAUGCUGGCGGCAGAGGAAACGGAGACGAUCAUGAAAAACGUCGCAAGACAGAAAGCCCGCCAUCGGGGCCAGUUCCAAAUCUUGCCUGCCCAUUUGUUAAAGAAUAUCCCGGAGAGCAAUGGCCUCGGUGCCAAAAAGGGUGGCCAAGCGUCCAUCGGAUAAAGGAGCAUAUUUAUAGAUCUCACAAAGCACCAAUUUAUUGUAAGAGAUGUUUUGGAAUAGUCAAGACGGAGAAAGAACUUGAUGCCCAUCUCCGCCAGGACCCGGCUUGUGAAGUCGUCAGUCCAUCUAGAGAAAUGCCAGGUAUCGAUAACGAGACUAAAGAGCGUCUCAAAUCAAGACGGGGCAUCCAGAACUUCUCCGAAGAGGAAAAGUGGAAGCAUAUGUACAAGGUUCUAUUUCCGAAAACCGAAGAUAUACCAUCACCGUAUUGUGAUCUCCAAAUUCUCGAGGCGCCCAUGACUGCAGAAAUGCGAGCUCAAUAUCGCAGCUUUCUCCGAAGGGAGGUUCCCGCCCGUGUGAUCCGAGACAUAAACGCCAACGUGCGAAAUAUACCAGGGUUUCAGUUUAGCUCUGAUUUAUCUGAGCGCUCCCUGUUCGAGACGGUGUCUUCUGCAGUCUGGAAUGCCUUUGACGAAGUCUUGCCGCGCUUGUUACCCUCGACCGAGCACGGGGAUCUCCCAGCAAGAGCAGCCCCAGGCACCGAGAUUUUGGCUGAUUCUCAAUAUCAGACAUUGUCUGCUACCUCUUUGGCGUUUCAGAAUGAGCCAGACCUUUUUAGUUCACAUCGUGAGCUUCCUGUUAUCGAAACGGAGGAAGCACAAGACUCUCAUGAUAUAAGUACAGAGGAGCCAAUUGCUAGCUGGGGACUGUUAGCCCCUGGAAACGAUGUAGUUAGAGAUCUGAACUUUGAUGAACUUGGAGAAUUUUGGGCAUGGUCUUGA